AUGGCGUUCUUGUUCUGCAAAAGUAUCAAAAAGUCACAUAUACAUAAAAUAUCAUGCGAAGGUUCAGCUUCAGAGAUAGAAGGCUACAAAUUCUCAUAUAUACGAUAUUUCUGUGUAAUUAUCGGUUGCAUUUUAAGUGGUGGCCUUCUACGUUUACUUUUUCACUGGUUUCCACAUUGGCUCCUUUGGUGUACACACAAAACAUGUGAACUUAGUGAGGCCAGUAAAGUGAAGAUAAAGGAUAUUUCCGGCAUUUAUAUCCAUAAAGUUCAGUAUCCAGUACAAGAAAAGUCGAGGCCACAGUAUGAUGGUACAUCAACGGAUACUUUUCUUGAGAAUCAAACCAAACACCCAUAUAUCAUACACAAAAAGCUGAAGUAUAUCUGGAAUUUCGAAUCUGAAAACUUUGAGAUACUACAAAACUGGGACGAACGUGCGUACGACGAAAUAUUGAAUGCACAACCUUUGACUACGGAUCUAAUUGAAACUCGUCGAAACCUGUAUGGAAUUAAUAAGAUAGAUGUCAGUCUUACACCUAUAAUCAGGCUUGUUUUGAAUGGAUGUCUUACUCCUUUUCACUGCUUUCAAGUGUUCAGUUGUAUAAUAUGGUUUUGCGUUGAAUACGAAAUAUAUGCAACAUGCAUUGCUGUGUUCUCAGUAACGUCACUAAUUUUUCAGGUUUACGAGCUUCGUAAGAAUGAACGCUCUUUGAAGAAAACUGUUUGCAUUUCAUCUAAAGUUAGUGUAUGCAGACGCAUUGAUGGGGAAGAUGAUUUUAUACUCGUUGAUUCAACGGAAUUGGUACCGGGAGAUUUAAUUGCCAUUCCUAGUAGUGGAUGUCUGAUGCAAUGUGAUGCGGUAUUACUGAUGGGGAAUUGCAUAGUAAAUGAAAGUAGCUUAACAGGUGAAAGUCUUCCGAUUACAAAAAUCCCACUGCCCAAUGGACAAUAUGAGAAUACCCCAUUUGAUUUCCGUUCAUGCCCACGACAUAUUCUCUUCAGUGGAACAUCUGUCAUUCAGACACGUGGUGAUAUAAAUAAGCGUGUAUUAGCUGUAGUUAUUCGAACGGGAUUUAUGACAACCAAAGGAGAACUUGUACGGUCUAUCAUGUUUCCAAAACCUAUGAAGUUCAAAUUUACUCAGGAUGCCUAUCAGUUUUUAGGAGCCCUUUGUGCUGUGGCACUUGUUGGUCUGUGUGUCUCUGUUUAUCUCAUGUACUGGAAUAACAAGGACUUGUACUACAUUAUUUUGAGACCUUUGGACUUAGUAACAAUUGUGAUACCACCUAUUCUACCAGUCGCAAUGAGUGUUGGAAUCGUUUUUGCUCAACGACGACUUCGUAACCAUGGUAUAUAUUGUAUAAAUCCAAGCGUUAUGAAUGUUUGUGGUGUGAUAAAUCUUACUUGUUUCGAUAAGACUGGCACUCUAACUGAAGACGGAUUAGAUCUAUGGGGUGUAAUACCAAACAAAGAUGGGGUUCUUGGAAAGCCUGAGUUUGAACCAUCAAAGUUAGGCCAUGGGCCUUUGAUUGAAUGCAUGGCUACUUGUCAUUCAUUAACUCGAAUUGAUGGCGUUCUAUCAGGUGAUCAUAUGCUCACCUCUCUUUCUGUGGCACGGGACUGUGAAAUGAUUGAUGAAUUAGAUCGAGUUGUUAUUGUUACAGCUCGCCCACCACCUCAUCCUAGUAAUUAUUUUACUUCAGACAUGUUAAAUGAAAAUCAGCCAAUAUCUAUGCCAGAUACUGGAUUUUCUACUGAAACAAAUCCAAACCACAUUUCAGAUCCUACCGAUGCAAGAAAUGAUAAGAAUUUCUCAGAUGAUCUAAUCAAUUCCCUUGUUCAAUUUCACUAUGCAGAAGACCUACACAGACCGGUUACUGAAGUCGCAACGACUAACAUUCAACUAAAGCGAAAUCAAACUAAAACUGACAACGUAGAAACAUCGAAAACGUCAUUUUUCAAGCGAAUAAAAACAAAAUUUAAUUUUAGUGGGUCACGAAGUUCCUCAAAGGUUUUAGCUGGCCUAUCUGCGCAAAGCAGUGGUGCAAUAAACAACAUCAGUUCUGAAAACGAAGACAAUCACAUUGAUUUUGAGAAAUGUUUGUCCGAUAAAUUAGACAAACAUUUAGAUACUUCAAGUAGUUUCCAGCACAGGGAUACUGCUGAAAACCGUUAUGCUCUCUCUAUAAGAAUGAUUGAUAGACCUGAUUUCCAUCUCGCAAUUUCAGGCAAAACAUGGUCUGUUAUUCAAGAACACUAUCCUUGGCUAAUACCUAAAUUGGUUGUAAAGGGUACAGUGUUUGCUCGUUUCUCGCCAGAACAAAAAGCACAAGUGAUUGAAGCUCUCCAGUCAGUUGGUUACUUUGUUUCUAUGUGUGGGGAUGGUGCAAACGAUUGUGGAGCUCUGAAAGUAGCUCAUGCUGGGAUUUCCUUAAGUGAAGCAGAAGCAAGUAUUGCUAGCCCUUUUACAUCAAAGAAACAGAAUAUAAGCUGUGUUCCCAUGCUUAUAAGAGAGGGUCGUUGUGCUCUUGUAACAAGCUUUGGAACGUUCAAAUUUAUGGCCGGUUAUUCCCUCAUCCAAUCAUUUUCCACGAUCAUACUUUUCGUGAUCGGUAGCAAUUUGUCCGAAUGGGAAUUCCUGUACUGCGAUUUUAUUAUUAUAACAACUUUAAGUUUAACAUUUGGAUAUACACAUGCAUAUCCGUAUCUCUCAGCUGAACCGCCUACAAUGAGACUAUUGAGCACGGUGACAAUGAUUUCAUUAUUUGGUCAAGUAAUCAUUGGCUUUAUUAUUCAAGCAACUGCAUUCAUAUUGAUUCGUUUUCAAUCAUGGUAUAUGCCGUUGUAUUCGUACUCUAAUGCAGCUGAAUAUCAAAACUACGAAAAUGCAGCUGUAUUUAUAGUUUCAGCUUAUCAAUAUAUAAUUUUGGCUAUCGCCUUUUCAAAAGGAGCACCAUAUCGUAAAUCAAUCUUAACUAAUUAUGCAUUUGUGCUGAAUAUUUUGGUGUGCUUUGUGUUCACUCUUUACUUGACCACUCAUCCAGUCAAUUGGAUACUUGAACGUUUACAAUUAGUCCGAAUUCCUUCCAUUUGGUUUAUAUGCAUAUUACACUCCAUGGUUUUGGCGAAUUUCAUGGCCAGUUAUAUUGUUGAGUCAGUUGUUGAUGGAGUCGCUUUUCGUCGCCGUAUACGUCGCAUUCGUCAAGCAUUAUUUCCAAGACGUGUGGAACGUAAAGCUUAUGAGCGGAUUCGGGAGGAAAUUGACAGGUCAGCUGGUGUUUGGCCUCCCCUUUUAAGAUCUGCCAGUCUACAAGCAUUACCACGGGAUCUGUUCGCAGAUGACAAUAUAGACAUUCCUACUCGUCCUAGGAGUAGGCGGCUCUCUUCCGCCGUAUCCAAUGACACGGAUGUAGAGGUCGCUUCUGUUCAAAGUGAAAUAACUGACAGACGACAAAUUCCUUUCAGCAGUACAGACGGUGAUGUUGGUUUGCCUAAGAUUGUCGGUAAAUCGUUUUCUAAUCAAUUGAAUGUAAAUGAAAAUCCAAAUCCGAGUUUUAAUCUUUAUGGGUCUUUAAAGAAACGCAAUCUUUCAGUGGAUUCAUUGCAUCACACAACUGAUGAGGUAUUUGAACAUCGAUCAGUGUCACGUACAUCUUCCGUUAUGGAGUUUCCUGUUAUAAAAAGUGUCAGUACACAUUUGAACAAUGAGGAGGAUAAGGAAAAUCAUGAUAAAGGAGACUGUCGUUGAAUUAUGUAGUUGUUUAAUGACAGAAGUUGAAGUGCUUCCCUGCUUUCUGCUGCCUGUAACAUGUUAUUUUUCUACAAAGCUAACAUAAUUGUUGAUGAUGCGUAUUGAAAUGUCAAGAUCGUGUACUUUUCACAUUAGAUUCGAUGUUAUAUUUAAUUUUUAAAAUACCCGAAGAACUUUAACUCUGGAAUUCUAUACAUAUUUUGAUUUAUUUGCCUCAUUUAAAUGCCAAAAUGUUUACUUCGAUGCUAUUUUUCGAGAAUCCCAAAAACUUUUGGCAUAAAGCGUAGUUUGCCAAUAAAAUAUGUUAUACAUUUUUUUUGAUAUUUGAUAAAAUAAUAAUGAUAUUUACUAUUUACAAAAUUUAAAAUUAUUAUUUACUAUCUAUAAAUGUUAACUUAAUCUAAAUUACUAUUUGUGUUGCAACGAAUAUUUUGUAGAAUAAUAAAGGCUCUGACAUAAAAUAGACAAUUUAUUUGUGUUUAUGACAAAUUAUUCCAAUCAUUAUUCACUCUUUGACUGUAAAGUGAUUCAAUACAACUCGCUGGUAUACGAGAUUAUUAAAAGCGUGAUAAUUUUGUUGUUACUUUUGAUUUCAUUAAAGUAUGAGAAUCUGCUUCAUUAU